UAAUCAUUCGAGUGAUUCAAACCAUACGAUUUGUAACGAUUGGUUGUAUGUAAAUAGUGUGAUUGUUAAUUACUAUAUAAGAUCUUUCAACGCUUAUACGUAACAAUGAUUAAAUAAAAGGGCAAUCCUGUUAAAAACACAAAUAUGACAUUACCUGGCAUUGGAGUGUUUGGCACAGGAAGUAUUGUUAGAGUAAUUAUUCCCUUUUUGAGAGAGAAGGGAUUUAAGAUUAAAGCUAUAUGGGGCAGAACGUUAUCCGAAGUAUCAGAAGCAGCAGCGGAUCUAGAAAUACCAUUUCAUACGAGUCGUAUAGAUGACGUACUUCUUAGGAAAGAUGUAGAUUUAAUUUUCAUCAUGUGUUCGCCAAGUUUACAUGCACAGAUUGCAGUCAAAGCUCUAGGUAUUGGGAAACAUGUAGUGUGUGAUAAACCUGCUGGUUUAAGUCAAAGUGAAGCGUUAAAAAUGGUUAGGGCUGCUCAAUAUUAUCCAUCGUUAAUAAGCAUAGUCAAUCAUAGUUUAAGAUUUCUACCAGCAUUUGUUACCAUGAAAAAAGCUUUAGAAGAAGACUACUUAGGAGGUCCAAUAACGGUUAUUGAAAUUAGAGUACAUAUGGGAAGUUUAUUACAUAAUGAUUAUGACUGGUUGUGCGAUGAUACGAUGGGUGGUGGAAUUUUAGCGUUAGUAGGCAGCCAUGUUAUAGACUUAAUAUUCCAUUUGGUUGGUCAACGUGCUAUAAGAGUACAUGCUGUUGUUCGAACUUUUACUCAAACUACAAAGUAUAUAAAUGGUAUACGUCAUAUAACAUCACCUGAUUUUUGUACUUUUCAAAUCGAGUUGAGCGGAGGAGCACUGGUUACAGCCACAUUGAGUAAUCACUUGCAAGGGCAGCUUUCUCAAGAAGUAUUAAUAUGCGGCGGUAGUAAUCAUCUCCUUGUUUGCAACGGAGACUUGUAUGGAUUUAAAGGAGGACAAGAAGAAAUUCUUUAUAGGGAUACCGAAGAUUUAGAAUUACCUCUACCUGUUUCUAAUUCUAUUCCACGUCCUUAUAUCAAAGGAUUACGAAAUAUGAUUGCUGCAUUAAGAGAAGCUUUUCAAUCGGUUGAAGACAAGAGAGGUUGGGUAAAAGAACCUGUAUUUUGUGCUGCUACGUUUGAAGACGGCCUAUAUGUACAAGCAGUUAUCGAUGCAUUACGUCAAAGUAACAAACGCCGAGAAUGGGCUAAAGUUAAUAUUUUAACAGAAGAGCCUGAUCCAAAUCCAUUACUGAGUGCUGCUGUUAGAGCUACAGCUAUAUCAAUAUAAAGAUAGUAAUUUUAUGAAGGCAAAUUACUAUGUUCUAAUAGAUCAAAAUUAAUUAUUACAUUUAAUUUUAUUAAAAACUUUAUAAUUGCACACAUAUAUAUGCACACAAAAUGCUUAGCAUGUACAUAUAAACAUAUAUUAAGGCAGCUAACAUGUUUCUCUAUAUUGAAAUAAUAUAUUUAAUAUUAAAUUGAAUAUUUUUUAGAAAAUACAUAACUUUUUCUUGAGAUUUUAUAGUUCAAAUUGAAGGUUGUUUAAUUUAUAUGUAGCUUUUAACAUUAUUUAAUAUUCUAUAUUUUAUUAUAUUCGCGCAUAUAUGUAAAUAUUUAUUACAAAAUGAAAGAUAUACAUACAUA